AUGAGGGCCCUUGGACUUGAUCCUGCUGUCAUGUUGCUUGUGUGGCCUGUACGCGGUGGGAGGUAAGUGGGACUUAAGAAACAGAGUUGUGGAGACAUGGUAACGCAUGGUCGAUAUAGUUUGAAAAUACCAACUUAUUUCCAUUGUUCUCAAGCGUUGAUGUGCCCGCUAUUUUAUGCGCAUUCUCCUAAAACAUGCACUCUACUAUGUGCCAGUUUUGCGCAACUGUAUCAACCGGUGAGUGAAUCAUAAAAUAAGUCUGACGUGAUGACAUCAUAUAGAUAUUGAUUUAAAUUACAAGAUAUACCAAUGGGAGAAGUACGUGGAACAAAAAAAUAUGAUUUAGGCCUAAGCUACUUAGUACAUUUGAGGCACAUCCUAAAUUCCAAUGUGAAUGUAGGGUAAUCCUGUCUUCAGAAACUCCCAGGAGAACGCAUCCCAGACCAUUUCAGUAUGAUAGAGUUUUAUAAUUUGGAGUUUGGGAGAGGUCCAUAUUGGUGAUUUUUACCGCCCAGCUGUCUGUAGUUCGUUUGAGGGGAGGUGUGUGUGUAGCAUCUAUACAGAAGGCCUCAUUACUGCCCCUAAUCUAUCUAUCUAUCUAUCUAUCUAUCUAUCUAUCUAUCUAUCUAUCUAUCUAUCUAUCUAUCUAUCUAUCUAUCUAUUGAGUUAAAAGGCCACUGAAUAACAAGUGACAGUGGCAUUUGUCGUGAACUCACAUAAAAUCUGGUCUAUACUUUAAACAUUUAAUCCAAUUAAGUUCUACUCACACAUCCUACCUGAUUUCGAGACCAACUUAGUGUAGCCUAAAUGGGAGAGGAAAAGGAGCUAAACACUUAACAACCGUCUGUGAGCCCCUCCCGGCUCUCCAGCUCCCCGUCUGACCCUUCCUGUGCUUGGCUAAUGGAGGUGCCUGGUUGUGUGAUGGUUGUAAUUUGUCCCUGUCAGAGGCGGUCUUGCUGGGGCACUGGUUUGUAGGGCCACAUGAUGAAUGCUGCUGCCUCCAAAGCUGGCCAUUAUAAAUGCUGUGAAACCUUCAGGGGAAAACAGGAGUUAUGCAUGGAAGUGCUACUCUGCGUCAAUAUUGGACAGUUUGGCGGGGCUAAGGGUUGGAGGCCACCGGCUGGUUAUACAGGGGCAUGCACUCUCACCAGACCAGGGUUCAAUUCAUAUUUGAAAUCAUUUCAAAUACUUUAGCUGUGCUUGAUUGAGCUUGUCUGUUGCAAUGGCAAGGAUUUCAAAUUGUAUUUGAACCCAGUUCUGACUCUGUUUUGGUAGACAAUUGUAUAGGAAUAUUUCAGAGCAUUGAGGUGCAGUAGGUUAAGGAUGCACCGUUCCACAAAAAAUGCUUUAUGCCAGGGGUGGCUGGUCCUGAAGAGCCACAGUCAGUAUAGGCUUUUGUUCCAGCCCAGCACAAACAAUCAAUUAACCAACCCAGAAAUCGUAUUGUCCCAUUCAUAAGAGAAAUGUUAUAUUAUAGCGUUUUCUGUAAUUCUAUGGUCACAUCCCUGACCCCCCCCCCCUCCCCCAUCCUCCCUCCAUCCCCCUUCAGGUGCGUCGGAGGGGGAGAAGCAGCUGAUGAAAGACCUGUUCAAAAACUACAACCUGAAGGUUCGCCCUGCGGCCUCACCUGGUGCCAAGGUGGUGGUCCGGAUUGGCAUGAUCCUCUCCUCCUUCGUCAGCCUGGUAAGGGGUGCCGCAACACACACACGCACUUACACACAAACACCUAACCACUACGUUACUGGCAACAUUCCAUCAGCAUACCCGUUAGCAUGACACAUCCAAAGUGUUACAGGAAGUGAAUGAGUAAGUGAUAGGGCUAUGUAGAGAUCUGGUGAUAGAUAGAGGGAGAGUUACACGGUUCACCCCUCCUUCCCAUCCCCCUUUCCUCUUCUUCUCUCCUCUCUCUGCUAGGUCAGGACAGCUGUCUAGCUAGACCCCCCCCCCCCCCCCUCUCAUCUCCUCUCUCUGCUAGGUCAGGACAGCUGUCUAGCUAGCUGACAUUCCUCUGCAGGUUUUAAAUAGCAGCGCCUUGCCGGUCAGUUAUCUGUGCUCAGUGCAGCUAUAUACCCCUGGUCAGAGAGGCUUUUCACCACAGAUCUAAGAUCAGAUUACCCAACCGAAAUUCUACCCUUAAACAUUAGGGGGAUAAAAAAGAUCUGACCUUGAAUCAGUUGUUAGAGGUGACUUCUACCUACUCUACCACCAAACCCCAACAACUCACCCCUUUUAUCCCUACAGUACCUCUGUUCCCAAACAGUAACCCUCUCUGGUUUCAGGUAUAGAGAGAGAAGUAGUGCAGACAUCCACACUGUUCUCAGAUAUCCUGUAGUGUAGGGCCUUCCCAUAACGCACCACGACCUUACUGUGUGCUCUUUCUCCCUAGAACAUGAAAGCAGAAGAGAUGAGCACAAUCGUUAUCAUGAACCUGGUAAGUUUGUAUACAAACUGUACACAUUUUACUCUCUCUCUCUCUCUCGCUCUUUCUCGCUUGCUCUCUCUCUCUCUCUCUCUCUGGUCACUAUCUCACUUUAAAGUCUACCUUGACUCAGGCUCCAAUUCAAUAACUUUAUUUGCAUGUAAAACAUUUCUCCAUGCAUCAGCAGAGCUUUAUAAAGCUAAAAUGUCAACACACACAACACCGCAAUACAAAUCAUGCACCCAGUAAGAACACUUGAAAUGAUAGUACACAGUUUAUGCAAAAUGAAAAUGUAUGCAAAUGUUAUUGAUAUUAUUCAUGGCCAAAUGCACUGCAAUAUUGUGCUCCUUAUAGUUAAUGACACUAGCCGGAAAAUGUGAAAUAAAUUGAUCAAAUGAUGAAGUGGUUAGAUUUCAAAUCUGAAAGUUAUCCCCUGUUUCACAUGCACCUUUUUCCCUCCUCUUUUUCUGUCUCCCGUCUUUCUCUCUGGAUAUUUCCAUCUGUUUUAAAUCAUUAACACUUAAACCCAACUCCCAACACACACAUGAACACACAUGGACAAUUCCUCUCUCUGUCUCUGUCUCUCUCACACACACACACACACACACGUCGCUGUGAUAUCAGGAGUGGACAGACUACCGUCUCUCCUGGAAUCCUAAAGACCAUGAUAGGAUCGACGUGAUGCGACUUCCUGCUGGGAAGGUCUGGCUGCCUGACAUCGUCCUCAUCAACAAGUAAUUAUUCCUCCUGUGUAGAGCAUUGCACUAGCAACAACAGGGUCAUGGGUUUGAUUCUCGCUGGGGCCACCCAUACGAAAGUCACUUUGGAUAAAAGCAUAUUUUAAAUGGUAUAUAUUGUUACCUGGGUUGGGUUAAAGUCCAUUUCAAUUCAGUCAAUUCAGGAAGUAAAAUGACAUUCCAAUUCCAAAAUGAAUAAGAUAAUGUGAGUGGUCACAGUAAUUUAGAUACUAAAAAGCUAAGGGUUGUGUCCAAAAGGUUUUUGGGGAAUAUUGGCUAUUUUUAAGGCUUCUGCUCCUGGCCAUGUCUUUUAAGUUAACUGAAAGUGUUUUGGCAGUAGCUGGAUGGGUCAGUCAGGACAGAGUAUAUGUACACACACACACACACACCCUUCUACACACUCGCUCAGUCAGUGUGGAGGCUCCCAUUAACUGUGCUGUAAAUAUCCCCUCUGCUCCAUUCAUUCAUCACUGCUUUAUAGGCAAUUAGGCAGCAUGGCUCCCCAAUAACAGAGCCAGUGUCACCACACCGCUCAGACAACUCUCCAGCUGGGAACCCACUCACACAGAACCACACAGCUCAGAGGAGUGGGGAGUGGAGCUGGAUUCACAUACCUACAAGCAAGCAUGCACACUUGCACACACUCGCCAACACUCUUAUUAAAAAAAGGUGCUAUCAAUGAAGAACCUAAAAACGUUCUUCUGUUGUCCCCAUAGCGGAACCCUUUGAAGAGCCCUUUUUGGUUCCAGGUAGAACCCUUUUGGUACCAGGUAGAACUCCUUUGGGUUCCACGUAGAACCCUUUCCAAAGAGGUUCUACCUGGAACCAAAAAGGGUUCUACUUGGAACCAAAAAGGGCUCUAUGGGGACAGCUAAAGAACCCUUUUGGAACUAUUUUUUUAUAAGAGUGUAGCGCCACGUGUGUGUGUGUGUGUGUGUGUGUGUGCGCGCGCAAGCAUGUGCACUCGUCUGUGUGUGUGAGAGAGGGUGAUCAAUGUUUCUCCUUUUAUCUCUGAGAACACCUUCACAGGGACAGGGUUUUAGAGGGGCCCUAGCCAUAAGAACGAGCUUUCACCAGCCUAUUGCCAAGUCUAUAAAAUGCAGUGAAGACUACAAUACUGGGUGCUCAAUCUGCCUGUCUAAUUGUGGUGAUGUCUCUGUUAUGUCUUGCAUUAUGAGUUUAAUAGGAACUACAAGCUUAUUUCUUACAGCCCUUUAGACAGGAUACCUCAUCUACAGUGAGAAUGGUAUUUUUCUCUCUCUCUCUCUCUCUCGGCACUCUCUCUCACUCGCUCUGCAGUAAUGAUGGUGUGUUUGAUGUGGCCCUCCAUGUGGCUGUCCAGGCCUAUAGUAGUGGGAGGGUGACCUGGUCUCCCCCUGCCCUCUUCUGCAGCUCCUGUGGGGUCAAGGUGACACACACACAUGCGCACGGACGUACACACACACACACCGAAUGCAGGUGCGCAGACAUUCACACACCAGUGUUUCCUUAAAAAUGUGUAGCAGUGGGGGUAAAAGGUCACGGUGGUUGAGGGGGGGGUCCGAGGUACCCCCGGAUAAUUAUUAUGUAGAAGGACAAAGAAACUCAGUUCUGGUGACUUUUUUAAAGGACAUUCUACACCACCAGAUAUGAUUAUUUUUUACAAUUAUUUUAACAUAUUGGACCAUGCAUACAGCCAAUGCAUUGGUCCAUAUUAUCAGGUAUAAGCAUUAUCACCUGUAGCCCAACUGAUGCAGCUUAGUGGCUGUAAAUAAAUUGGCUGAGGCAUGGGGUUUGCCUAUCUGCAUUUACCCUAUUGGGCUAAUCAUUAGCUCGAUCCCAAAUGUGAUCUUUUAACUAGUUAGCAUCCUAUUGAUGAAUUUUAUGUCCCUUAAAACUUGCAUAAGCACAGUGAAUAUAAUGUAGGCCUACCUGUUAGGGUAACUUGGGGUAAAACUGCCAAAGGGGUAACACCUGCCUGUACUUCUUACAGAAACCACUUGUCACCCCCCCCCCCCCCCCCACUCCAGAAAAAUGAUCUUGAGGUUGGGUGGCGUUAAGUUAACCUACAAUUGACCCGUGUUAGGUUUAGCCCCACUCUUCCCUUUGCACUCACUGCAAUUGCAGAGCAGUAAGGUGCUUGACUAUGCCGCUGCUAAAACCUCUGGGUUGAAAACGGUGCAAUUCGCGCAUAUUUAGGAUUUGAGAGAGAAAUAAAUAAAGUAGGAAUGGAAAGCCCCACUAAUUUAACAAAGGCAUUAAAACUGCAAGAAUAGUUGUGCAUUGACUGACGUUAAUUUUACAAAGCUGGAUCCCUUCUAGCCAUGACCCUAACACCCCCUCCUCUUCCUGUUUCCUGUGUCCAGGUGACAUACUUCCCAUUUGACUGGCAGAACUGCACCAUGGUGUUCAAGUCUUAUACCUACGACUCAUCAGAGGUUGACCUGCAGUACGCUCUAGAUGACCAGGGCAACGAGAUCAAAGAGAUCCAAUACGACGGGGGCUUCAGUGGUGAGGACACGAGAAGACGCACGCACACACAAACUUGCAAAUACUGGAGUUGUCUGCUGGCACAAUGGAAACAAUGGAAUAGUCCCAAAAGUUGCAAACCUCGUGAAUGUGACACUCCAGGCAGGGCAGGCUCAAUCAAAUGUGUGUUUUGUGUGGUCCUCUGUAGCUCAGCUGGUAGAGCACGGCGCUUGUAACGCCAAGGUAAUGGGUUCGAUCCAAAGAACACAAAUACUAUUUGAACCCAGCACUGGGGAAGAGAUGAGAACACUAAUGAUUAAAACAAUCUGUGUAUGUUCACUGAAAAGUAUUUGGUUUGGUUAUAUUUUCAAUAUGUUACCAAACACACACUGUCCCCAGAGAGUGGUGAGUGGUACAUCCGCCACCAGCCCAGCAGGAAGAAUGAGAUCCGUGAGGACCUGUAUGAAGACAUCACCUUCUACCUGAUCAUCGAGAGGAAGCCUCUCUACUAUGUCUUCAACAUCAUCAUCCCCUGUAUCCUCCUCACCUGCAUCGCCAUCUUCAACUUCUACCUGCCGCCCGACGCUGGUGAGAUAGCACAGAUCUAGGAUCAGUGUAAUGAUCUUGGAUUUAUGUACCAGAACGCUCACCACACAUAGGCACAGAUCUAAGAUCAGUUUAGCCUCAUCAACCCUAACCAUAAUCACCCCUUGACGAUGGUGAGGCAAAGAUUUAGGAUCAGUUUAGCCUCCUCUAAUACUAACCUUAACCAUUAGGGGUGUAAUGCAAGACGGACAUUAGGUGUAUCUACUUCUAAUACAGCAGAGAGAACAGUGUGUUAUAGAAUGAGUGAAAUUAAUUCAUUCAAGGAGUUUAUGGAUAGCUAUGUUGAUAUUGCCCUGUUCAUCAUGAUAUGCAUCCUAAAACAGGAUUACCGGUACUUAAUAGUAGUUUGAACAGAUUAAUGUAUUUAUAUAGUGUUCAUUUAUAGAACCAUAUAGAUUCCAUGUAAUACAUCGUUUUUUCAAAAUGCAUCCAACCUGCCUGUUCUUUCCCCCCAACAUCAAAUGUUUCUCCGGUUCCCCGUUCAUGGGGACAGUUUAGUCAGUUAGCAGACGCUCUUAGCCCAGGCCACGUACAGGUUAGUGGAGUGGCAUACAUGUUUCAUACUGGCCCCCCUGUGAGAAUGGUCCUUUGUAGCUCAGUUGUAAUGCUUGUUACACCAGGGUAGUGGGUUUGAUUCCCGGGACCACCCGUAAGUAAAAUGUAUGCAUGCAUGACUGUAAGUCGCUUUGGAUAAAAGCGUCUGCUAAAUGGCAUAUAUUAUGACACAGUGGAAGACCAGGCUAACUAUCACAGAGUCUCUCAUAGUGCAGAAAUGGUGUGUUUCUCCUAUGACCUUCGUCUUCCUACACACAGCCUCUCAUGGGUGACCACGAGCACAGAAUGUUCCUUCAGGCUCCAAGACACACGCAAGCACACACACUCUCCCCGACACACACACUUCAACACUAAAAAAAGCUCGUUAAAACCCAGCUGCCUGUGAACAUGUUUCUCUUUAGGACCCAAGGCUUGUGUAGGAGGGGAGUUGGAGAGAGAGGGGGGUGUUCUUUGGUCACAUAGUGACUGCACUGUAGCGUAGCAGCAUAACACACAGAGAGUACAAGGACACAUUUAAGCCCAGGUCCCUGGGGCUCUGUAUGUAAAGAUACAGCCUCUCUCUCUGUCUCUGUUCAGCUCUGUGCUUAUCUAUGGGCCUCUGGAAGCCCCCCAGAGACGACAAAGUCCACAAACACACUCCUUACAGUGUGAAAACAGUGUAUGUGUCCUUUAAGCACCUUUGUUACGUCACUUGGUUAUAUCACCUUUAGUAGGGACGUUAAACAUUCAGCCUGCUGCACUGACCCUAUGGACACUAGUCUAGAGCGCCUGCUUUUGAAAACAAGUGAGAAAUAUUUGUGACUUAGAACGCCGCUAUAAUUUUAUUUCUGAAAUGGCACCGAUAAUUUGGGGUCGGUCUCUCUAUAAAAGUCACCGACCACGUACCAAUACACUGAUUUGACAGUCAAACUAUCACUUAAAUAAAAAAUUAUGCACUCACUAAGUCGCUCUGGAUAAGAGCGUCUGCUAAAUGACUAAAAUGUUAAAUGGCAGCCAAACGUUGACACUGUUGAUAUUCUAUGGCGGGUCGUGAUUCGUUGAAGUUAACUAACAUAAAAAGUGUUUUGGUCCCUGUUCCGUGAUGGUAGCCUCCCGAAAUCAACACCCGUCAUUCCAAAAUCUAGAUAUAAGCCUUCUACAAGUUCUCAUCUAACCAACCAUGUAUAGGUUAUUCCAAGUUUUCGUGUGGCCUUUGAAUACUUUAACCUCAGUUUAAACAGCGCUACACCCCAAUCGUUUGCUCCCUGUUCUAUUGACUUCAGCGUGAUAUCGAUGGAAGUGAUUAACAAAAAACGUAUUGCGUUACACUUACCGCGAAUCAACAUGCAACACUUCAAAAUGUAGCUAGCUGUCUUCUACGAAGUGUCCUCUAACCAGUGAUGUACACAUUAUUCCCAGAUUCCGUGUGGUUUUUGAGCUGUGUUAGUCUUAACAGGAUGUGCAACCUCCUUGCGUUAUUGAUUUCAAUGUAAAAAUCUUUGAGUGAUUGACAAAGUAGUGUUGUGCCUCUCUUUCUGUUUUGGUGACCCCUGUAUCAUAAUGCAACAUUCCCAAUAUGUAGGUGAUUGGGGUAUACAGGCUGUCCUCUAACCAGUAAUGUAAAAUAUAUCCCGUUUCCAUGUGGUUUUUGAGUUGAGAGAAAGGGACUGUGCGAUGAAUCCCCCAUUACAGGUCAUUAACUGAUGAAUUACACGAUGGGCCAGCUACUGUUAAAACACAAUCCUUUUAUCUUCUCCCUUCUGCUAACUAACUAACUACACACACGCACGUUCGUUUGCACACACACCCUCAACCACACGCACACACACACGCUCAGUAGGCCUGACUAAGGACACGUUACAAAUGAUUUAAGGGCUUAAUUCCUAUUAGGCUCUAUAGAGCCGCUCUGCACCACAUUAACCUGACCACGGGUCUCACGCUGGGUGUCCUCUGUGUAGGUAGCAACUGGGGGGAGGAGGAGGAGGAGGGGAGGAGAUGGGGUGUGUGUGGGGGAGAGAAAGUGUGUGUGUGUAUAUCCAUGUCUAAAUUGUAUAUUGUCAAUGUAUAUAUAGAUCUAUCUAUAUGUGUCCUCUCUAACCUAUGUGUAUAAUAUAUGUUCUAUAUGUUGUUAAUCUAUGUAUUUCUCUGUGUGUCCUCCUUUCCCUCUCCACCUCUCUGUCUAGGUGAGAAGAUGGGUCUGUCCAUCAACGUGCUGCUCACCCUGACUGUGUUCCUGCUGCUGCUGGCUGACAAGGUCCCUGAGACCUCCCUGGGUGUCCCCAUCAUCGUCAACUACCUCAUGUUCACCAUGAUCCUGGUCACGGUCUCAGUCAUCCUCAGUGUGGUGGUCCUCAACCUGCACCACCGGUCCCCCUCCACACACCACAUGCCCAUGUGGGUCCGCAAGGUGAGAUUGGGCGGCCCUGUUGGAAUACCAUAUAUAUAUUUUUUUUCCUUCCUCUCUCCCUUCCUUUCCUUGACUCGUAGUAAACGAGACUCUGAAAACGCUAAAGCUCAUGAAUAUUUAUGACGGCUGGAGGAGGAAUGCAGAAGAAAACAAUAGAAGGGGAAAAAAAGGUUUUUGUAUCGGGAGUCUCAGGCAGGCGGGUAGGAAGGUGUGUAUGUGCGUGCGCGUGUUGAACGUGCGCGUACAUGCUCGUGUGUGUGUGUGUACGUGCGUCCGUCCGGACGUGCACCUGCAUGCAUAUUAAACACCAAUGGCUCUGGCCUCUACAUUAUUUAAAGCUAAUUACAUCGCCUCGGUACUGCUCCACCACCACCGCCAAUCAUUGAAUGGCUGAACAAUCACCAUGGCUAUGCCGGGAAAUGUGCAUGUUUUAAUAGAAGGAAAUGGCACGGAAAUGGAUGAUAGAAGAGAGAGAGAGAGAGAGACCCUAUACAGUAUUUUCUCCUCCUUUUCCCUCUGUUUCUCCUCUGCCUUUUCUCCUCCUCUAAAAGUGAGUGUGUGUCAACAACUAGAAGAUAUUAACCUGAGGAGUUCUUAUUCCGGAGCAGAGAGACCCAUUGACAGGAAUAUGGUGCUGAAGUAUUCGUUAGCUGGUUAGCAUAUUACAUUUGACAUUUUAGUCAUUUAGCAGACGCUCUUAUCCAGAGCGACUUACAGUUAGUGAGUGCAUACAUUUUCAUACUGGCCCCCCGUGGGAAUCGAACCCACAACCCUGGCGUUGCAAACGCCAUGCUCUACCAACUGAGUGAAUGGGGAAUGCCACAUAGGACAGAGUGACAUGCUAUAUCCAGGGUUGUGGUCAAUUCCAUUUCAAUUCAGUCAAUACAGGAAGUAAACUGAAAUUCCAAAUCCAAUAAAGAAAAUAAAAAAACUCAUUUGAAAAGCAUUGAGCAAAAGCAGUGAGAUGUCACAGUGAGUAGCAAGCAUUUAGAAAAAAUGUAAUUGGAAUGUCAGUUUACUUCCUAAGCUGACUGUAUUUAAAUGAAAUUGACCCAACCCUGGAUAUAGCAGAGAUCAAUGUUCACUACCAGAUAUGCUUGCUACUCACUGUGACAUCACACAUUGGAUCAAGGAUGACAGUUAGUCUUAAUUGGUUAGGAGCAUUGUGGGUUAGUGCACAGUUCAUAGUCUGUUUAUGUGAAUAAGAGAGCGAGAGAGAGAAAGAGAGGGAUUUAAACAGCAUAUUGUAAAAUUCAGGAAUGCACUUAGUUUCAAUGUGACAUCCACCGAAUCAGUUAACCCUCAAAUACGGUGUUCCUAUCACAUAGGAAAGAGCAGGGAGCCACUGAAGAUGGUAUGUUUAUUGAAAUCAUCAUAGAGUCUGCAGCCUGAGUCAAGGUGUAUGGAGACCACAUCUCCUUUCUCCAGCAACAGAAUCACUGCAUUGGAUACAUACUGAUUGUGUCCAUUGUAGUCAUUUGCCGCUUUUAUAUGCUGACCAUUCUUAAGCAAUACUACAUUGGCCUUUGCUGAGAUACGGUUGACCAUACCAAUGAAUCUAAUGUAGUAGAGCCCUCUCACUGGUGCUGUGAAGGCCCCUGUAACAGGGGUGUAGGCGUUACCAAUGUUAGUGAUGACAUUGGUGUAGACCAGAAAGGUGUCAGCAUUGAAGGGUCCCACUGGACUGCCUAAAGCAGCAGAGAAGGCCACCUUUGGCCUUUCUGCAUUCUCUCUCUUCAGCUCCUCCACCUCUCCUGUCAGUUGAUCCACUGUGUUCUUGUGGCUCUGCAGUUCAGUCUUGGUGACGCUCAGCUCCACUCCUUGCUCGACCACCUUGUUCACUAAAACGGCAUUCUCUCUCUUCAGUUCCUCCACCUCUCCCUCACUGGCUGUAUCUCUGGCCUCCAUGUACCUCAGCUCCACUCUCUGUUCCAAAACCAUGUCUCUCAGCGCUCUCAGCUCAGCCGUCAGGUUGGGUUGUCUCUGUAGCUUCGGUCCUGUGACCUUGUUGAGUGAUGUCAUUCUCUUGGACCCCUCCACUAUGUCCCUGAGCCCACCAGACAGACAGAACAGCAACACCAGCAGAGCUACAGCACCCCUCAUUCUGAAACAGUGGAUCUUUCCAGAAAGUAUGUUAUCUGAGGCUCAGCCCCGUUCUUUAUAUACACAUCAGAGGUGGCUGGUGGGAGGUGAUUCUGGAGGACAGGCUCAUUGUAAUGGCUGGAAUACCUGGAAUGGUAUCAAACACAUGGAAAUAAUGUGUUUAAUUCCUUUCCAUUCAUCAAUCUCAGGUGUUACAGUGUGCCUGUCCUCCGAUAUCUCCUCCCAGCAGUCACCACUGAUAAACACUGGCCACGGUGGACUAAUACAUGGGAACUUUAACGGUUGACCUCAGUGGAACAUUUGGGGAGCAUAGCCAAGGACUGUGCGUGAUGUAACAGAACACUGGUAAAGAUGAAUUAAAUCUGGGGUUGUUUAAGGCCAUGGGUGGAGAAAGACAAGAGACCCCCUAACGGUACAUACUACAUACUCCUCCUCCUCCUGUUGAAGUAUGUUGUCUCGAGCUGGGAGAGAGUUGUCUGCGUGCAUUCGUAUGUACUCGUGUGUGCUGGCAGGCCCUGCUUGUCUGAUAGUUCUUUCUCCAGGACGCUCUCUGAUGUCGGCGCUUGGCAGCUUUGGCGAAAAACUGCCUCUUGCCAGUCUAACCAACCAGGGAUCCAAUCCCCACCUACACCUCCUUACACCUCCACACACCUCCUUGCCAGUCUAACCAACCAGGGAUCCAAUCCCCACCUACACCUCCUACACCUCCACACACCCUCCUUGCCAGUCUAACCAACCAGGGAUCCAGUCCCCACACACACCUCCUUUACAACCUCCACACACCUCCUUACCAGUCUAACCAACCAGGGAUCCAAUCCCCACACCACACCUCCUACACCUCCACACACCGCCUACCAGUCUAACCAACCAGGGAUCCAAUCCCCACACACACCUCCUUGCCCAGUCUAACCAACAGGGACCAAUCCCCACACACACCUCCUUACCAGUCUAACCAACCAGGGAUCCAAUCCCCACACACACCUCCUUACCAGUCUAACCAACCAGGGAUCCAAUCCCCACACACACCUCCUUGCCAGUCUAACCAACCAGGGAUCCAAUCCCCACACACACCUCCUUACCAGUCUAACCAACCAGGGAUCCAAUCCCCACACACACCUCCUUACACCUCCACACACCUCCUUGCCAGUCUAACCAACCAGGGAUCCAAUCCCCACCUACACCUCCUUGCCAGUCUAACCAACCAGGGAUCCAAUCCCCACACACACCUCCUUACACCUCCACACACCUCCUUGCCAGUCUAACCAACCAGGGAUCCAAUCCCCACCUACACCUCCUUACACCUCCACACACCUCCUUGCCAGUCUAACCAACCAGGGAUCCAAUCCCCACCUACACCUCCUUGCCAGUCUAACCAACCAGGGAUCCAAUCCCCACACACACCUCCUUGCCAGUCUAACCAACCAGGGAUCCAAUCCCCACCUACACCUCCUUACACCUCCACACACCUCCUUGCCAGUCUAACCAACCAGGGAUCCAAUCCCCACACACACCUCCUUACACCUCCACACACCUCCUUGCCAGUCUAACCAACCAGGGAUCCAAUCCCCACACACACCUCCUUACACCUCCACACACCUCCUUACCAGUCUAACCAACCAGGGAUCCAAUCCCCACACACACCUCCUUACACCUCCACACAACCGUCCUUACCAGUCUAACCAACCAGGGAUCCAAUCCCCACACACACCCUCCUUACCACCUCCACACACCUCCUUACCAGUCUAACCAACCAGGGAUCCAAUCCCCACACACACCUCCUUACACCUCCACACACCUCCUUACCAGUCUAACCAACCAGGGAUCCAAUCCCCACACACACACCUCCUUACAACCUCCACCACACCUCCUUACCAGUCUAACCAACCAGGGAUCCAAUCCCCACCUACAACCUCCUUACCAGUCUAACCAACCAGGGAUCCAAUCCCCACCUACACCUCCUUACCAGUCUAACCAACCAGGGAUCAUCCACCACACCUCCACUAACACCUCCUACCCCACAUCCCUCUACUACCAACCAGGGAUCCAAUCCCCACCUACACCUCCUUACCAGUCUAACCAACCAGGGAUCCAAUCCCCACACACACCUCCUUACCAGUCUAACCAACCAGGGAUCCAAUCCCCACCCACACCUCCUUACCAGUCUAACCAACCAGGGAUCCAAUCCCCACACACACCUCCUUACCAGUCUAACCAACCAGGGAUCCAAUCCCCACCUACACCUCCUUACACCUCCACACACAUCUCCUUAGCUGUGUUGUUGGAGAGCACCACAUCAAUCGUCUAAAAAAACAAACAAAUGUUCCUAUUCUAUCAGAGCGUAAGAGAAAACACCGAGUGGCCGUGUCCGAAAUCUGUUUUGCCUGCUACUUACUAAAACGACAUACUGUGUACUCAUCGUACUACAUACUAUUUAGCACGUACUGUUUAGUAAAAAACGAAUGCAGUAAGCAACACAUAUCAGCAUACUAGUCUCAUCCUACUGAGAAUGUGUCAUCUAAUGCACAGUUGUGUUGAUUCCCGCCUUUCCCUCAUUUUAGUGCAGCGAGUCCCUCAGCUGAUUAUCAGCUGUUGUCAAACACACAUGGGUCUGGAAAGACGAUUCUCUUCCUCAAUAGUGUGCAGUGAAUUCUACUAGAUGAAAAGCCUAAAUGAGUAUGACAUCCUGGCAUUUAAAGUAUACUACAUUUUAGAAAUGUCAUAUACUAUAAAAGGUUCUAUUUUCGCAUACCCAAAAUGCGUACGCAAGUACGGGUAUUCGGACACGGCCAAUCUCUCUCUAGGCUUAUCUGAGUCCCAUUAUCUGCAAACAGAGACACAUAUAGACACUCCCAGUCCGCUGCACCAAUAGCUUUUCUACUGGCACCUGAUUGAAUUUUCCUCCCUGAGACGACUACUUUUGAGAGUGAGAGGGCUGAUGCAUUGAGACUCAGUCAUGCAAAAAAUAGUUUUCUACGGUGUGUCCACUCAUUCACACACACAUGCAAGCGCACGCUUAUGUUUGUAUGUGUGCGCUUGCGUGUGUGUGUCUGAGUGAUUGAGUGGACACACAAGUACGCACAUGCGAACACACACACACACACAGAAAUGCAAGCACACAUUCACACACACACACAGAACGAGAAGGUCGGCUUUAGUGCAAACUCAAUGAUAGUGUAUAUCUGAGUCUGACACUGGAGUAGUGGACAGUAGACUGGACACUGCCUUCCAACAAUAUAUGGUGUAUUUGUAAGAAAAUAUUAUCAGUUUAUUAUUGUUAUUUAUAUACAAAAGUAUGUGGACACCCCUUCAAAUUAGUGGAUUCGGCUAUUUCAGCCACACCCAUUGCUGACAGGUCUAUAAAAAAAUCGAGCACACGGCCAUGCAAUCUCCAUAGUUAAACAUUGGCAGUAGAAUGGCCUUACUGAAGAGCUCAGUGACUUUCAACGUGGCACCGUCAUAGGAUGCCACCUUUCCAACAAGUCAGUUCGUCAAAUUUCUGCCCUGCUAGAGCUGCCCCGGUCAACUGUAAGUGAUGUUAUUGUGAAGUGGAAACGUCAAGGAGCAACAACGGCUCAGCCGUGAAGUGGUAGGCCACACAAGCUCACAGAACGGGACCGCUGAAGCACGUAGCGUGUAAAAGUAAUCGUCAGUCCUCAGUUGCAACACUUGCUACCGAGUUCCAAACUGCCUCUGGAAGCAACGUCAGCACAAUAGGCGAUAUGUUACAGGCGAGCAUGACGUAUUUCCGGUUAAAUCUCAGGAUGGAUGUAAACUUCCGGUUAUCGUAGAAUGCUGUGCUACCGUAUGCUAGCAUUGAAUGCUUGUCAUCAAAAACAUCCGAAGCGGUACAUUUUCGUUGUUGUUGUUGUUUAUCUUAAUGUUUAUGUUCAUGUUUUUACUUGUAAUACUUUGUCUUGACUUAUAACACGAUGACGUGUAAACGUACAAAAGUGUCCUUUCAAAAACAGGAUGACAGCUCUUCCAGCCAUCACUGCUGUGUGCCGCAAUGUACAGUGUCUGCCAGAUGCAAUUCGUCUUAGUUUUUUUCCUCUUGAAAAGUAGAAACAUCAAGUACAAAAGCAAGGAAGUUGGGCCAUAUGUUUAUAAAGAAAGAAGUAAAGAUGAAAGGACAGUUUUGAGUUUGAAGAACAGCAGUUUGAAGAAUAGCUGAGUGGAAUAUGUUACUGUCAUUGCAGUUAUCAAGUCAGGAAAAAGUAGCAAUCUCAUUAUUGUUUACAUUUCAAACCAAACUCCAAUUUGUUUACAACAGACCCAACAACAAAGCAUGGCAAUUCCCACUCAGCUACCCUGGUCUGUAUUAGGCUACCACUGUUCAGCUAUCGUGAAAACCACUCAAGUGUUCUCUUAGCAAUGGCAAUCAAAGCUGUGGUAACAUUAAACGAGUAAAACAUGUGUUGAACGGAACCUUGAACAAGUUCAACAGAACUUUGAACGUGUCACUUAAUCUAGUCCUACUCUCAGCUGGUGUGGUGGCUUUAGUUUCUUCAUUGGCUCUCACAGAGAUUACAUUUACAUUUACAUUUACAUUAUAUUUAAGUCAUUUAGCAGACGCUCUUAUCCAGAGCGACUUACAGUUUUAGUCACAUUAUUAUUAUACUUUUUUGUUGUUCUUUUUUUAUUUUUUUAUACCCCCUGUGGGAAUCGAACCCACAACCCUGGCGUUGCAAACGCCAUGCUCUAUCAACUGAGCUACAUCCCUGCCGGCCAUUCCCUCCCCUACCCUGGACGACGCUGGGCCAAUUGCGCGCCGCCCCAUGGGUCUCCCGGUCGCGGCCGGCUACGACAGAGCCUGGAUUUGAACCAGGAUCUCUAGUGGCACAGCUAGCAUUGCGAUGCAGUGCCUUAGACCACUGCGCCACUCGGGAGAUCUCAUUUGUAGCCCUGUUUUUACCUGAUACUUUCAUAAAAGUACAAACACAUGAAGUGAGAGGUAUAUACACAUGAGUAAACUUUAUUUAAAGCAUGAUUAACCUGAAGCAGGUCAUGAGUCAUGACUUAAAACACCAAAGCAAGGCUUCUAGCUCAGGCUAGCUAGCGUUAGCAUAUUACCUUCAAAGUUGCAAAGAAAAGAAGAAACGUAAAAUUUGAAGCCUUUAUCCAGUUUGCUACGUGGUGUCAUACUGGAUGUCCGGACGACCCUCCGUAUAUUAUUAACAGAUACUUUAGGCAACUCCAGCAAACACCUCUUCCAUAACGGUCUACUGUCACUGUCUAAUGUUUUUUUUCCGGUAACUGGAAAUGCCCAAUCAUCCUUACGCCAAUGCGGAAGUGAUGCGUGCAUAGAGCCCAUAACUGUUCGACGGGAGCUUCAUGCCUAAGAUCACCAUGCGCAAUGCCAAGCGUCGGCUGGAGUAGUGUAAAGCUCGCCGCCAUUGGAUUCUGGAGCAGAGGAAACGAAUUCUCUGUAGUGAUGAAUCACACUUCACCAUCUGUCAGUCCGACAGACAAAUCUGGGUUUAGAGGAUGCCAGGAGAACGCUACCUGCCCGAAUGCAUAGUGCCAACUGUAAAGUUUGGUGGAGGAGGAAUAAUGGCCUGGGGCUGUUUUUCAUGGUUCGGGCUUGGCCCCUUAGUUCCAGUGAAGGGAAAUCUUAACGCUACAGGAUACAAUGAAAUUCUAGACGUUUCUGUGCUUCCAACUUUGUGGCAACAGUUUGGGGAAGGCCCUUUUCCUGUUUCAGCAUGACAAUGCCCCCGUGCACAAAGCGAAGUCCAUACAAAAAUGGUUUGUUUCAUCAGACGAGAGGACAUUUCUCCAAAAAGUACGAUCUUUGUCCCCAUGUGCAGUUGCAAACUGGCUUUUUUGGAGGUUUUAUGGCGGUUUUGGAGCAGUGGCUUCUUCCUUGCUGAGCGGCCUUUCAGGUUAUGUCGAUAUAGGACUAGUUUUACUGUGGAUAUAGAUACUUUUGUAUCUGUUUCCUCCAGUAUCUUCACAAGGUUCUUUGCUGCUGUUCUGGGAUUGAUUGCACUUUUCGCACCAAAGUACGUUCAUUUCUAGGAGACAGAACGCGUCUCCUUCCUGAGCGGUAUGACGGCUGCGUGGUCCCAUGGUGUUUAUACUUGCUUACUAUUGUUUGUACAGAUGAACGUGGUACCUUCAGACGUUUGGAAAUUGCUCCCAAGGAUGAACCAGACUUGUGGAGGUCUACAAUGUAUUUUCUGAGGUCUUGGCUGAUUUCUUUUGAUUUUCCCAUGAUGUCAAGCAAAGAGGCACUGAGUUUGAAGGUAGGCCUUGAAAUAGAUCCACAGGUACACCUCCAAUUGACUCAACUUAUGUCAAUUAGCCUAUCAGAACCUUCUAAAGCCAUGACAUCAUUUUCUGGAAUUUUCCAAGCUGUUUAAAGGCACAGUCAACUUAGUGUAUGUAAACUUCUGACCCACUGGAAUUGUGAUACAGUGAAUUAUAAGUGAAAUAAUCUGUCUGUAAACAAUUGUUGGAAAAGUUACUUGUCAUGCACAAAGUAGAUGUCCUAACCGACUUGCCAAAACUAUAGUUUGUUAACAAGAAAUUUGUGGAGUGGUUGAAAAACUAGUUUUAAUGACUCCAACCUAAGUGUAUGUAAACUUCCGACUUCAACUGUAUAUACUGCAUUCUAUUCUAUAAUAUUCUACUGCAUCUUAGUCGAUGCCGCUCUGUCAUUGCUUGUCCAUAUAUGUAUAUUUUCUUAUGUUGUGAAAUUGUUAGAUAUUACUUGUUAGAUAUUACUGCACUGUCGGAGCUAGAAGCACACGCAUUUCACUACACCCGCUAUAACAUCUGCUAAACACGUGUAUGUGACAAAUAACAUUUGAUUUGAUUUAACAGGUGACAUAAAUAAGGGAUCAUAGCUUUCACCUGGAUAGUCACCAGGUGUUCCUAAUGUUUUGUACACUCAGUGUAUAUAUAUUUACAUUACAUUUUAGUCAUUUAGCAGACGCUCUUAUCCAGAGCGACUUACAGUUAGUGAAUGCAUACAUGUUUAUUUUUAUUUAAUUUAUUAUUAUUUUUUUCAUACUGGAAUCGAACCCACAACCCUGGCGUUGCAAAUGCCAUGCUCUACCAACUAAGCUAUAUAGAUGUUUUAUUGUCACAUACACUGGAUAGGUGCAGUGAAAUGUUGUUUUAGACCAGGGCUGUUGAACUCAUUCCGUGGAGGGCCUAGUGUCUCCUGGUUUUAGGUUUUUCCUUUCAAUUAACACCUAGACAACCAGGUGAGGGGAGUUCCUUACUAAUCAGUGACCUAAAUUCAUCAAUCGAGUACAAGGGAGGAGCGAAAACCCGCAGGUACUUGGCCCUCCGUGGAAUGAGUUUGACACGCGUUUUACAGGGUCAGCCAUAGUAGUACGGUGCCCCUUGGAGCAAUUUAGGGUUAAGUGCCUUGCUCAAGGGCACAUGAACAUAUUUUUCACCUUGUCAGCUCGGUUAUUUGAACCAGCUACCUGCUGCCAUUCAGAGAGAGAGAGAGAGAGACACACACACGAGAUAGAAGUAGAGUUAGCGGAAGCAACAGCUGGUCAACAGCCUUGCUGAUAAUAACAUGCUGAUUCAUGGUAUUUCUGAAGGUAUUUAUACAGACAUAUCCAAUGAAACAUUCAUUACUGAUAGUAGGUCUAUGGAAAGCCAUGAAGGUUGUUCAAAUCCAUGAAUAUCACUGAAUAUUACUUUGACUGAUUACCCCCAUGCAGUAAAAAAAAAUAAAGGUAUUUUUCUGUAGUUCAAUGAAUUUUAUGCUGCCUGCCUGCCGUGCUAAUCUCCCUCUCUCUCUCUCUCUCUCUCCCCUCCUUCCAGAUCUUCAUCCACAUGCUGCCCCCCUACCUGGGCAUGCUGCGGCCCAAGGUGGAGAUGCCCCUCUCCCUGGAUCAGCCCCCCAGGAGGGAGAAGAACAACAUGGCCAUCAGCCGCGCCGCUGACGAGUACUUCAUACGCAAGCCCAACACCUGCUUCCUCUUCCCCAAACCCAACAGGUGAGAGGUCAGGGGUUACAGCUCACUGGGGGGUCAAAUGUUAGCCCAACAUUAUAGAGAUGGAAAGAGGUCUCAUCUUUGUAUCUGUGCCAUCAUGGCGUCUGUAACAGCAUGGGCAGCGCCAUCGAGGCAAUCUCCAUUUUAAAGUAAUUUUCUUAUUUUUGUUUGAAAAAAGCGUAAUGCUAAUAUUGGUGUCGGUAAAUCCAAUAGCAGUCCCCAAUCACACUUGUAGGCUAUGUCAUGGCGACGUUGGCUAGCUAAGCUCAUGCGUAGAAACACAUCAUUGGGUCUAACGGUCGUUUCGUGCCGAACUGCACAUGUGCAGUGCCGUCAAAUCAAGGCACUCCCUCUAGAUAAAGUUUUAACUAAAUUGAAAAUGUGUCAGUUUUUCACUUUCUCAAGGUUGGAGUAAUAACAUGUUCAACUAACUUAAAGCUGCAAUAUGUAACUUUUUGGGCGACCUGACCAAAUUCACAUAGAAAUAGGAGUUAUAGAUCUGUCAUUCUCAUUGAAAGCAAGUCUAAGAAGCGGUAGAUCUCUUCUAUGCACUAUUUCUAUGGUUCCCGUUCUUAAGUUUCAUUUUUGUGUCUUUUACUUUCGGUUUUGUACAGCAGCUUCAAACAGCUGAAAAUACAAUAGUGUUGGUAAUGGAAAAUAUAUUUCACAGCGGUUUAGAGGGUACAAUGAAUUAUUCUCUACACCAGUGGUCACCAACCUUUUCUGAGUCAAGAUCACUUUGAGUCAAAAUGCAAGCCGAAAUCUACCGCUCAGAUUUUUUUUUUUAGACAUGACUUGAAAGUAAGCAUAUGCAACAUUAGCUAAUUAAAAACAGUUCUGUAGCAAUGAGGUUUGUGCAGUAGGCUAUAGGCCCAAUACAUUAUAACUGCAUAUUGGCUACGCUUGAAUUGUCCUGCCAAAGUUCUUCUCAGACCAUUUUGAUAUGAUAUUUUUAAAAUGUAGGUUUAUGAUCACACUGUCAAUAUAACAUUUGUUGUAUUACUUGUGAGGCACAAUUGAGUGAGCAUAAUAAUUAGCUAUUUUUUUUUUUUACUGGACUGAUGGCCUGCAUAUGAUGGUCAGUGUGAGGGGAGGGAGGGUAGUGAGUCUUUUCGGUGAGCUGGCUGAUUUGGCUCCCAAACGGCUCUUCGUUCAAAAUGCUUAAAAUCAAUCUAGAACCAUGAAAAAAUGGCACAUCUCCAAUGUAAAUCCCAAAAGGUAGGCGACCAUUAUGUCUGAUUGUGAAAUGCCCGUUGAAAUACAUUUUCAAUCUAGCCAAAUUUUACGCACUGGCAAAAAAUCACUGUGGACCAGAUUGACGUGCUCUCCUCCCUCCCUCCGCUGAGAAAAGGGGACACCGUCUUCCAGCUGAUGGCGAAACUCAAGUUGCACUGCAUUAUUUCAGCCUCAUGCACCAAUUCAUGUUGUUACUCCUAUGACCAGAGAAAGUGAAAUAUUCCUCUAUUAAAAUAGACCCAAGCCGCUAAAAAUAAUGCAAGCCUAUCGAUUCACUUUCCUACUCAUUCAUUGCAGCUGCAGUGCUGGUUGUAGCGCGAGUGGAAGUAGGAAGAACAAGGAUUUUAUGGCUUUAACAGAGUGUUGACAGUGCUGAAUAACAACCUAAAUAUUAACUUACUUAUAAACAGCAACUCUUUGCUGUAUUCAGUGAGUCUCUCUCUAGUCAUGGUUUUAAAAGUUUUGAAAUCUCACAGUAUCAACUUUGCUGUGCAUUCGAGGUUUUCUUUUUAAAGUAUAUGGCUCUAGGAAACUGCAGACACUGUGUUCUGAGCCUUCUGAUUGGCCAGCGGUAGGCCUAUAGGUGCACUUGAUUUGCUCUCUGGGCCUGUCGGGUAGGUGGAGUUCUACCUUCAGACUCAUGAAAUGGUUAAAAAUGGGAACACUUUGCCUUCCCGGCGCUAGGGCUGCUGAAUCAAGUGCACCUACUGCCAACAGCGCCCCCCAAAAAUAGGCUUUAUCUUAGUUUUUUUACAGAAAUGUUUGGUGACCAACUAGGAAUGACCAGCCGAUCGCGAUCGACCGUUUGGUGACCACUGCUCUAUAAUAUACAUGCUUGUUUUGUCACAUAAACUGAAAUUAGGCUAACUAUUAGAAUUUUAACAACCAGGAAAUGGCGGAGCGAUAUCUGCAUAGUGCAUCUUUAAGACAUUGGCACAAAUCUAGGUUGUGCCUUUUUAGAUUUCGAAAAAAUUAACAACUAAGGAAUAAUUUUUCAUUCUUCUCAAACCCCAAAUCCCGGCCUGGUCUGCUUGGUCUGUUUCGUAAGCAUUCCUGGAAGUCUCACGAUGUUGCGCCUCUGGGUUUAGAAACUCUUUGAUAGCACCCUAUUUAAAGAAGAAGACCAUGCUCUGAUCCUUGGGAGAUCACUCCCAACCCAACCCCACCCAGUUGACUACUUCAAACUGGUGGAACCCUCAAUGGCAAUGUCCAUGCUAAAGUGGGUUAUAUCCAAGUUGAAUCCUCUAACUAUCGCUAUGGUAAUUUGAAGGUUAUUGGAAGGUCAUUGCAUUGGUAUAGAAUUUAAAAUCCUAGAACAUACAUUCCCAUUCGAAUUCCAUUCCUGUGUCUGUGAUGUGAUGGAUUGGACCUGCGGCCAUAUUAAGUGUACCCAUUCUCCCCAUCAUGGAUGUAACAAUGGUGAAAACUCCCUCCAGCCAAUGCUUGCAGCAAUUCAAUGAUUUUAAAUCAUUCUAAUUGUGAUUCUGAUGGUAAAGAUGGCUGUGAAAUAGAAGUUACACCCCUAUCACAGAUCUCAGAUUACUUGGUGAAAGUAGUGACCUAGGUUGAGUCCCAAAUGGCACCCUAUUCCCUACAUAGUGCCCUACGUUUUACCAGAGCGGGUAGUGCACUAUGUAGUGAAUAGGGUGCCAUUUGGGACAUUGCCACAGCCUCUUCUCAUGAAUCUGUUGGGGAAGACUCACCUCUGGUGACAUUGUCUGUCCCUAGUGUACCCUAAGGUGAACUCUACCAUAAUUUACUGUUAACUCAUUCAGUUCUGAAGAAGAGCAGCCCCCCAGGUAUUCAUAACAUGAGGACCUAAUGAAUAGCUUAGUGUCUGAGAACAUGUUUUAACCCUCCCUGGAGGCCAUUUAUACAUACAUACAGUGGGGAGAACAAGUAUUUGAUACACUGCCGAUUUUGCAGGUUUUCAUACUUACAAAGCAUGUAGAGGUCUGUAAUUUUUAUCAUAGGUACACUUCAACUGUGAGAGACGGAAUCUAAAACAAAAAUCCAGAAAAUCACAUUGUAUGAUUUUUAAGUAAUUAAUUUGCAUUUUAUUGCAUGACAUAAGUAUUUGAUCACCUACCAACCAGUAAGAAUUCUGGCUCUCACAGACCUGUUAGUUUUUCUUCAAGAAGCCCUCCUGUUCUCCACUCAUUACCUGUAUUAACUGCACCUGUUUGAACUCGUUACCUGUAUAAAAGACACCUGCCACACACUCAAUCAAACAGACUCCAACCUCUCCACAAUGGCCAAGACCAGAGAGCUGUGUAAGGACAUCAGGGAUAAACCUGCACAAGGCUGGGAUGGGCUACAGGACAAUAGGCAAGCAGCUUGGUGAGAAGGCAACAACUGUUGGCGCAAUUAUUAGAAAAUGGAAGAAGUUCAAGAUGACGGUCAAUCACCCUCGGUCUGGGGCUCCAUGCAAGAUCUCACCUCGUGGGGCAUCAAUGAUCAUGAGGAAGGUGAGGGAUCAGCCCAGAACUACACGGCAGGACCUGGUCAAUUACCUGAAGAGAGCUGGGACCACAGUCUCAAAGAAAACCAUUAGUAACACACUACGCCGUCAUGGAUUAAAAUCCUGCAGCGCACGCAAGGUCCCCCUGCUCAAGCCAGCGCAUGUCCAGGCCCGUCUGAAGUUUGCCAAUGACCAUCUGGAUGAUCCAGAGGAGGAAUGGGAGAAGGUCAUGUGGUCUGAUGAGAAAAAAAUAGAGCUUUUUGGUCUAAACUCCACUCACUGUGUCUGGAGGAAGAAGAAGGAUGAGUACAACCCCAAGAACACCAUCCCAACCAUGAAGCAUGGAUGUGGAAACAUCAUUCUUUGGGGAUGCUUUUCUGCAAAGGGGACAGGAGGACUGCACCGUAUUGAGGGGAGGAUGGAUGGGGCCAUGUAUCGCGAGAUCUUGGCCAACAACCUCCUUCCCUCAGUAAGAUCAUUGAAGAUGGGUCGUGGCUGGGUCUUCCAGCAUGACAACGACCCGAAACACACAGCCAGGGCAACUAAGGAGUGGCUCCGUAAGAAGCAUCUCAAGGUCCUGGAGUGGUCUAGCCAGUCUCCAGACCUGAACCCAAUAGAAAAUCUUUGGAGGGAGCUGAAAGUCCGUAUUGCCCAGCGACAGCCCCGAAACCUGAAGGAUCUGGAGAAGGUCUGUAUGGAGGAGUGGGCCAAAAUCCCUGCUGCAGUGUGUGCAAACCUGGUCAAGACCUACAGGAGACGUAUGAUCUCUGUAAUUGCAAACAAAGGUUUCUGUACCAAAUAUUAAGUUCUGCUUUUCUGAUGUAUCAAAUACUUACAGUGGGGGAAAAAAGUAUUUAGUCAGCCACCAAUUGUGCAAGUUCUCCCACUUAAAAAGAUGAGAGAGGCCUGUAAUUUUCAUCAUAGGUACAAGUCAACUAUGACAGACAAAUUGAGGAGAAAAAUUUUUUUCUCCAGAAAAUCACAUUGUAGGAUUUUUUAUGAAUUUAUAUGCAAAUUAUGGUGAAAAAUAAGUAUUUGGUCACCUACAAACAAGCAAGAUUUCUGGCUCUCACAGACCUGUAACUUCUUAUUUAAGAGGCUCCUCUGUCCUCCACUCGUUACCUGUAUUAAUGGCACCUGUUUGAACUUGUUAUCAGUAUAAAAGACACCUGUCCACAACCUCAAACAGUCACACUCCAAACUCCACUAUGGCCAAGACCAAAGAGCUGUCAAAGGACACCAGAAACAAAAUUGUAGACCUGCACCAGGCUGGGAAGACUGAAUCUGCAAUAGGUAAGCAGCUUGGUUUGAAGAAAUCAACUGUGGGAGCAAUUAUUAGGAAAUGGAAGACAUACAAGACCACUGAUAAUCUCCCUCGAUCUGGGGCUCCACGCAAGAUCUCACCCCGUGGGGUCAAAAUGAUCACAAGAACGGUGAGCAAAAAUCCCAGAACCACACGGGGGGACCUAGUGAAAGAACUGCAGAGAGCUGGGACCAAAGUAACAAAGCCUACCAUCAGUAACACACUACGCCGCCAGGGACUCAAAUCCUGCAGCGCCAGACGUGUCUCCCUGCUUAAGCCAGUACAUGUCCGGGCCCGUCUGAAGUUUGCUAGAGUGCAUUUGGAUGAUCCAGAAGAGGAUGAUCCAGAAGAGGAUUGGGAGAAUGUCAUAUGGUCAGAUGAAACCAAAAUAGAACUUUUUGGUAAAAACUCAACUCGUCGUGUUUGGAGGACAAAGAAUGCUGAGUUGCAUCCAAAGAACUCCAUACCUACUGUGAAGCAUGGGGGUGGAAACAUCAUGCUUUGGGGCUGUUUUUCUGUAAAGGGACCAGGACGACUGAUCCGUGUAAAGGAAAGAAUGAAUGGGGCCAUGUAUCGUGAGAUUUUGAGUGAAAACCUCCUUCCAUCAGCAAGGGCAUUGAAGAUGAAACGUGGCUGGGUCUUUCAGCAUGACAAUGAUCCCAAACACACCGCCCGGGCAACGAAGGAGUGGCUUCGUAAGAAGCAUUUCAAGGUCCUGGAGUGGCCUAGCCAGUCUCCAGAUCUCAACCCCAUAGAACAUCUUUGGAGGGAGUUGAAAGUCUGUGUUGGCCAGCGACAGCCCCAAAACAUCACUGCUCUAGAGGAGAUCUGCAUGGAGGAAUGGGCCAAAAUACCAGCAACAGUGUGUGAAAACCUUGUGAAGACUUACAGAAAACGUUUGACCUGUGUCAUUGCCAACAAAGGGUAUAUAACAAAGUAUUGAGAAACUUUUGUUAUUGACCAAAUACUUAUUUUCCACCAUAAUUUGCAAAUAAAUUCAUUAAAAAUCCUACAAUGUGAUUUUCUGGAUUUUUUUUCCUCAUUUUGUCUGUCAUAGUUGACGUGUACCUAUGAUGAAAAUUACAGGCCACUCUCAUCUUUUUAAGUGGGAGAACUUGCACAAUUGGUGGCUGACUAAAUACUUUUUUCCCCCACUGUAUGUCAUGCAAUAAAAUGCAAAUUAAUUACUUAAAAAUCAUUCAAUGUGAUUUUCUGGAUUUCUUUUUAAAAUUCAGUCUCUCACAGUUGAAGUGUACCCUGAAUAAAAACUACAGACCUCUACAUGCUUUGUAAGUAGGACAACCUGCAAAAUCGGCAGUGUAUCAAAUACUUGUUCUCCCCACUGUACAUACAUACAGUGAGGGAAAAAAGUAUUUGAUCCCCUGCUGAUUUUGUACGUUUGCCCACUGACAGAGAAAUUAUCAGUCUAUAAUUUUAAUGGUAGGUUUAUUUGAACAGUGAGAGACAGAAUAACAACAAAAAAAUCCAGAAAAAUGCAUGUCAAAAAUGUUAUAAAUUGAUUCGCAUUUUAAUGAGGGAAAUAAGUAUUUGACCCCUCUCAAUCAGAAAGAUUUCUGGCUCUCAGGUGUCUUUUAUACAGGUAACGAGCUGAGAUUAGGAGCACACUCUUAAAAGGAGUGCUCCUAAUCUCAGUUUGUUACCUGUAUAAAAGACCCCUGUCCACAGACGCAAUCAAUCAAUCAGAUUCCAAACUCUCCACCAUGGCCAAGACCAAAGAGCUCUCCAAGGAUGUCAGGGACAAGAUUGUAGACCUACACAAGGCUGGAAUGGGCUACAAGACCAUCGCCAAGCAGCUUGGUGAGAAGGUGACAACAGUUGGUGCGAUUAUUCGCAAAUGGAAGAAACACAAAAUAACUGUUAAUCUCCCUCGGCCUGGGGCUCCAUGCAAGAUCUCACCUCGUGGAGUUGCAAUGAUCAUGUGAACUGUGAGGAAUCAGCCCAGAACUACACGGGAGGAUCUUGUCAAUGAUCUCAAGGCAGCUGGGACCAUAGUCACCAAGAAAACAAUUGGUAACACACUACACCGUGAAGGACUGAAAUCCUGCAGCGCCCGCAAGGUCCCCCUGCUCAAGAAAGCACAUAUACAGGCCCGUCUGAAGUUUGCCAAUGAACAUCUGAAUGAUUCAGAGGAGAACUGGGUGAAAGUGUUUUGGUCAGAUGAGACCAAAAUCGAGCUCUUUGGCAUCAACUCAACUCGCCGUGUUUGGAGGAGGAGGAAUGCUGCCUAUGACCCCAAGAACACCAUCCCCACCGUCAAACAUGGAGGUGGAAACAUUAUGCUUUGGGGGUGUUUUUCUGCUAAGGGGACAGGACAACUUCACCGCAUCAAAGGGACGAUGGACGGGGCCAUGUACCGUCAAAUCUUGGGUGAGAACCUCCUUCCCUCAGCCAGGGCAUUGAAAAUGGGUCGUGGAUGGGUAUUCCAGCAUGACAAUGACCCAAAACACACGGCCAAGGCAACAAAGGAGUGGCUCAAGAAGAAGCACAUUAAGGUCCUGGAGUGGCCUAGCCAGUCUCCAGACCUUAAUCCCAUAGAAAAUCUGUGGAGGGAGCUGAAGGUUCAAGUUGCCAAACGUCAGCCUUGAAACCUUAAUGACUUGGAGAAGAUCUGCAAAGAGGAGUAGGACAACAUCCCUCCUGAGAUGUGUGCAAACCUGGUGGCCAACUACAAGAAACGUCUGACCUCUGUGAUUGCCAACAAGGGUUUUGCCACCAAGUACUAAGUCAUGUUUUGCAGAGGGGUCAAAUACUUAUUUCCCUCAUUAAAAUGCAACUCAAUUUAUAACAUUUUUGACAUGUGUUUUUCUGGAUUUUUUUGUUGUUAUUCUGUCUCGCACUGUUCAAAUAAACCAUUAAAAUUAUAGACUGAUCAUGUCUUUGUCAGUGGGCAAACGUACAAAAUCAGCAGGGGAUCAAAUACUUUUUUCCCUCACUGUACAUACAUACACACACACACACACAGACACAUACACACACAGAGUCAUGCACGCAAGCGCACACACACUCACACAUAGAAAACCAGGCAGGCGUCUACAGGUUUAUUAACCACAGGCACGGUCUCCCGCCUCUCUAAAUCGACUCACAGGGAAUUGAAGUUCGAGGCCGAGAGGGAGAGUGAGAAAAUCAUUGCUAAAAUAAUGAUGAUCAGCGCAAAUCUCCUCUGACACAUUAGACCUGGUGUGCAUGUGUGGGGGGGACUCUGCGAUUCAGAGAUGGAGGUGACUAUUAAGAGCGAUUCGAUGAGGCAGCAAUAUCUCUCUGCCCACGCCCCCCUACACCCCUUGCGCUCCCCCCCCCCCCCCGGCCUUCUUAAUUGGUUUUAGUGUGUGUCUUGUCACCGUUGGUGGCCGGUUUUAGUUUAAUUAGUCUCGCUGAUUACUCAUCUACAUCUCCCUGAUGAAGUGACGCUGUGAGAGGGGGACCAAGAGGAGGAGGAGAGCUAGGGAGGAGAAGAGAGGAGUCUUUCCCCUUCAGUCAGGUAGCUCAUCCCAGAACCAUGCCUCCGCAUCAAUCUCUCUGAGAAAACAGAGCGAGAGGAGCUGCUGAGGUCAGUGGCGAUUUGCUCGCCUCGCCGGCCCAGGAGACACACACACACAGACACACACACACACACACACACGCACCGCUGCAUUGUAAAGCCAGGCUUUGCCUGGAAUACCAAGCAGAGAGAAUACAGAGAACGAUAGAAGACCUGCCUGUUUGCCAGGGAGAUGCUUUAGGACCACACCAUAGCCAGGCUGAAGACACAGCACCAUGCUGACUCCUGGUGGUAGCUACAGAGAACUGCAACACUAACAGCUUCCAGUCUCCAAAGGGCUACAGCAACAGAGAGGGCUGUUUCAGAACAAAACAGAUGCUAGGAUACAGCCACUUGAGAGAAGAGACUACACCUGGUCCAUUAGUAGAAUAAUCUCAAUAUGUCCAGGAUUAGGGGUUUAAAAUGGCACCCUAUUCACAAGAUAGUGCACUACUUUUGACCAGGGCUCUCUUUGCUCAAGGCAACUCACAGUAAAGCUGUGUCGACCCAUCGUUAUAGCUAGUAACCUUCCAUAACCCACGACAAGCCAUCAUAACAAAUGGCAACCCAACUUCUUCAGAACAGCUUUGUCAGCAGAAAAAGGCUCAGGUCUAGCUAAAGAGCAGAGGGAGAAUAUGAGAGGAGAGGGAGUUUCUCUCUCUCGCUCUCUCUCUCUCAACAUACAGGGGAAGGAAGUGCAGACUGUCGUUAGCAGGCUGGUAUUUCACAGCUUUUAAUUAGUGAUGAGCUAUGUGGAGUUUGUUCCUGUCUGCACAUCUCUGCCUGCUUGCUCUGUGGGGUGAUGACAUUUGGACUAGUUUUAACCCCUUCCUUCUCCUUGCCCUUCCCUUCUCUCAAAUCAACCCCUGUACCCACUAUGCAGUUCUGUAGAUAUGAAAAGAUAAGAAGAUUGAAGUUUUAGCAAUAUGGUCAUAGGUCCACCUUGCAAUCCCUGAUACAGUAGCGAGGCAGAAAUGUACCCCAUUUUGCCUACUCCUACCAUUGCCUUCAGGGCCCGUAUUCAUGAAGCGUAUCGGAGUAGGGGUGCUGAUCUAGGAUCAGAAAGGCAAACUGGUCCUAGAUCAGUACGGAGACGCUAUGAAUACAGGCCCAGAGCCACAAAACGGCAUAGGCAUGUAGGGAAUCGGGGGUAGUAGUUUAUUCGGAAUUGGACAUUAGUAUCUUUUGCCUCAGCCUCUUGUUUAUGUCUAGGUACCAGUCUGAGGGCAUGUGUACUGACCUGAGGAAGUUCAUCGACGGGCCCAGCCACUACCUCACUCUGCCUCCGGAGCUCAAGACUGCCAUCGAGGCCAUCACCUACAUCGCUGAGCAACUACAGGCUGAUAAGGACUUUGCUGCUGUGAGUGCUGUGUGUGGGACCUGCCUGGGUUGGGCUUUCUAAUUUGAAGUCUUUAGUUUCCCCUACAAUUUCUCCAUCUUCUGGAGAAUAUUGAAGAUCUAUAUAGGGUCUGGGAAUGGGCUGAGUGGAUGGAGGGAAAGUCUAGAUAUCUAUAGCUUCUAGCCUGUACAUUUCCUAUAGCUCAGUCUAUUUCUCCUUCACUGAUAUCUAUCUAUUCCUGUUAUUCAUUCCUUUUCUAUUUUCUUUCUCUAUCCCUUUACUUUGUCUCUUCUUUGUUUUUCUUCUUUCCCUUUUCUUUCCCUCUCCACCCACAUCUCGCCCUCCCCCUCUUCCCUCCCCCUCCAGCUGAGGGAGGACUGGCAGUACGUAGCCAUGGUAGUGGAUCGCAUGUUCCUGUGGAUCUUUGUGGUCUUCACUACUGUGGGAACCCUGGGCAUCUUCGCUGACGCCAGCUUCAACCACACCCCCAGCGACCCCUUCAAGUACCCCUAACGUGGGGGACACACUCCACGUAUGCGUGAUCACAUGCAUACAUACACACACACAAGAUCCCAAACUUUACCUCACUGAAACCCAAGAAGCCUUGACAGUUGCCCCAGCCACCAAAACACAGACAUGCGUAGCGAGAUCGUCUACUCCACUCUACACUUUUCUUACCAGCGAUGCCUUGGACAUAGCUACUGUAUACUGUACAUGGAAGGGUUUCUUUUUCUAGAUCUGCUGUGCUGAAGUGUGACAUUGCUGUAGUUCUGGGGCGGAAUGUAUCAAGUGUCUCAGUGUAGGAGUGCUGAUCUAGGAUCA